GCAGGAGCAGCGCUCACUAUAAAGGCAUCAGCCGUUGUUUAACCCCUGCCUGCUGGAAUUUACCCGGGUCAGACAGCAGCUCAUACCUCCAGGCAGCUUUAGAUCUCCAGAGCCUGCACCCCUGGGUGACCCUGGAUUUUUCCACCCAGGUUAAUUCCACCUCCCUGAACUCUCCGAGUAUCCGUGGUUCUAUGAGCGCGCCGCUGCUGCAUCCAUCCCUCAGCAGUUCUGGGAUCAGCUCGUCAUUGGGCUCCCCCAACCAGCUCCACUCGCCCCUCGGCUCUCCCAUCAAUGGCAUGGGCCCACCUUUCUCAGUCAUCAGCCCACCUCUGGGUCCCUCCAUGUCGGGCAUGGGGUUUGGCACCGGCAAUCCUCAGCUCCAUUCCCCCAUGCACUCGGUCAGCAGCACAGAGGAUAUCAAGCCGCCUCCUGGAAUAAAUGGCAUCCUUAAAGUGCCGAUGCACCCCUCGGGAGCUAUGGCAGCCUUCACCAAGCACAUCUGCGCCAUCUGCGGGGACAGAUCUUCAGGUAAACACUAUGGGGUGUACAGCUGUGAAGGAUGCAAGGGGUUUUUCAAGCGGACUGUUCGGAAGGACCUCACGUACACAUGCCGGGACAGCAAGGACUGCCUGAUUGACAAGCGGCAGAGGAACCGGUGUCAGUACUGUCGCUAUCAGAAGUGUCUCGCUAUGGGCAUGAAGAGAGAAGUUUUAGGCAGCUGGACGGCUGCCGGUAAGAAGUUUGUGAUAAGGAAUGAGGGAAAUUUAGAUCAGCCGCUCCAUCCACCAGGAGGCUCUUGUCUUGACCACCCAUCAGCUGUGCAGGAGGAGAGGCAGCGAGGGAAAGAACGGAAUGAGAACGAGGUAGAGUGCACCAGCAGCGCCAGUGAGGACAUGCCCGUGGAGAAAAUCCUGGAGGCCGAACUGGCGGUGGAGCCAAAGACAGAAACUUACAUUGAGGCCAACAUGGGCCUCGCCCCUAAUUCUCCCAGCGAUCCCGUCACCAACAUUUGCCAAGCCGCCGACAAGCAGCUCUUCACUUUGGUCGAAUGGGCAAAAAGAAUCCCGCACUUUUCAGAACUGCCGCUAGACGACCAAGUAAUACUGCUCAGAGCGGGAUGGAAUGAACUCCUCAUCGCCUCCUUCUCCCAUCGAUCAAUAGCUGUCAAAGAUGGAAUCCUCUUAGCCACCGGCCUGCACGUUCACCGGAACAGCGCGCACAGUGCGGGAGUCGGCGCCAUCUUUGACAGGGUCCUCACAGAACUGGUCUCCAAAAUGCGGGAUAUGCAGAUGGACAAGACCGAGCUGGGCUGCUUACGGGCAAUCGUCUUAUUCAACCCAGACUCUAAGGGUCUCUCCAACCCCUCAGAGGUGGAGGCGUUACGUGAGAAGGUCUAUGCCUCGCUGGAAGCUUACUGUAAACACAAGUACCCAGAGCAGCCGGGGAGGUUUGCAAAGCUUUUGUUGCGUCUGCCCGCUCUCCGGUCCAUCGGCCUCAAAUGCUUGGAACACCUUUUCUUCUUCAAGCUAAUAGGAGACACACCCAUCGACACCUUUUUAAUGGAGAUGCUGGAAGCGCCUCAUCAAAUGACUUAAAGAGAAGCAAGGUCUUAUGUCCCCUUGUGCCGAGGGCAAUAGACUUCUUAUAGGACGCCCUCAAGAGACACUGUGGUCCCUCCACGCUUCGAGAAAACGUCCAGGAUCCCUCAUCCUAUGUCACGUGCGCGCCUUCAGUCCAUCCACGGAGCUAGGACCGCACUGUCCCAUCAUGAACAGCAGAAAGUGACGGACGUGUACGGGCCGGGCUCGCCCUCAAGGCCGCUUUCUUUUUUCGUUUAGGAUGGCUUGGUUGUCGCUGCUGAAGCUUUAGUCGCUGUUCUUGGUAAUUUUGACCCCAGUAUCUGAAACGUGGAAAAAUCUGCAAAGAUCCCGGAGGGUGAAUGUAUUUUUAUUUUUGGUUUUCAGUACAUGUGAUGCAUAAGGACUGUGGAAGACUUUGCUGAUCCUCGUCAUUCUCAAGUGAGAGCGGGGUCAUCGCCAUCAGCGGUCGCCCACCGGCCAGGCUCGCAGCUGCCGGCAAUGGAAGAGUGGGGGGUCAAUCCCAUGUCUGAUAUUAGGCCUUAAUCAUAAAAAAACAAACAUCUCAGAGUGAAGCUCGGCGCAGAGCUUACCACGUGCCCCUCACCAGCGGUUUACGGUGAGGCGUUUGACGUGUGGACUGUUUGAUCCUGUGGUGUAAGUCGUACAGCCGCUCCACUGCCGGAUGUUUUGUGUUUUAGAACCAUUUGGGUGAUUGGUUAGCUUGUAUUAAGGCUCUUUUUGGAACAAGGCACUACAGAUUUACUGAAUUAUUUUUGUUUUUAUGUAUUCGAGAAAGUUUAGAAACCCAAGGACCGGGAUUUACUGGCUCUUUAAUAGAAAAAUAAAAAUAAUAAAAAAAAUAAUACAUACAAUAUCAGUAUCGGAAGAGCGAAAAAAUAAGGACUUGGGCACCACGGGUAGAAUUCAGGGAUUUUGUCCAAUGUUUUCAAACUCCUUUACGUCCAGAGAGGGCUUCAGAGCAUCACUUAACCUCUCCGGUCGCAGGGGGAACUGGCGGAGGCAGAAAAUCCCAGUCAUUAUAAUGUCCACGUAUCACAAGCAGCAGAGAUUUGUACAACCAAGAGCCGGAUCCCGGGUUCACCCCCCUCCGAUUCCGGCUCCUUAUAGAUGUGGGCCUGGAGACGUCCUUUAGUGAAUGAGGAAUAAGCAUCUUACUCUCAGGUCGCGGCCGGUCCCAGGCUCGUAGAUGGCAGAGCAGACGACCUUUUGGUUCUUGGUCUAUUUGGUGCUACAACUGGAACCUGAAGGCGCGUUCUCGUUUUCUGCGGUCGUUGUAGCCCAAACAGAUGCAAAGUGCCAAAAGUGCUGCGACCAGUGAGCCGAUGGCACUGCCAGCCAUAUUCAGCAAGGAGGGGCCCCGGCUGACCACGUACUCAUCCAGGACGGCGGACAGACGCCUCCGUUUUGUUGCAGGGUAGGUCAGUGCUCAGCGGACGUGGAGUCUGGCCUGUGUUUCUUCUUGUAAAGUAUAAAAUGCUCUAUGUGUAUAUUUUCCAAAGAAACUUGUUCUGUCGUCUUCAUUGGCGCUCUCUAUUCUGCAUGAGAGCGUCUUACUCGUAAACCUGAGCCAAUGCUAAUAGCACGCUUCUGUGAAGCCUCCCCCCCCGCCCUUCUUACCUGCGACUAUUAAUGCCGUUGUUAUACCUCUUCUGUUUCCCUUACUAUAGUGACUAGCAGGGAGACCUGUGGGGGCCCCCAAACCAGAGCCGGGCGUUCUGUACCUCUGCUGCCAUCCACGAGUGACGCUGCCCCAUGUACUAAACCACUAAUGCAUCAUAGGUGUCGUCCUGAUCCUAGUCUUCAGGGUCGGUAGCACAGCGUCCCCCUCCCCUAAGGAAACUGACAGAAUUCUGACUGCAGCUCUGUGUGUGACUAGUGCAUUAAAGUGCCCCUACUAUCCAAUAGCUGUCGGGUGUGUGAACGUGUUUUUCAUCCAUUGCGGCGGCCAGUCCUCCUCUGCCCCAGACAAUAGUCCAAUGUGUAUGAGGCCUCUCCGCACAGGUCUGAUUCAGUAACCGCUUGCAUAUGACUCUACAUUGUACCCGUUUUCUGUUAUUCCUUCUAGAAGUUAAUGAAUGAAUUGCCAGCAGUCUGCCAUAGAGGUCCAGCUGGGUGUUACCAGUUAGCGGUGUGUCUCUGCCCAGUAUGACACUGGCAGCACUGACUGAUAGUUAGGGGAGAAGCAGCGGCCCCUCUCUAAGACUUCAUGUGCAAGAAAGGUAAAGUAGUAACUCACUCUUAAAGGGGUUGUCUGGAAUUCCCCCCCGCCUGCCCACCGAAUGUUUCGCUCCGGAGUCCUCUGCUGCCUUCACCGCUCUUUGGUCCCGCAUGUAACCUGUGGAAUGGACAGGACGAUGUGCCACUCGGGGACACGUCACUGCUGCAGCGGCUCAUGUGAGGUUUACAUGGGGGCCAAACUGCAGUGAAGAUGGCCGUGGCCCCAGGGAGUAGGGAGGCAUGCAGCUCCAGCAGGUGACAACCCCUUUAAAGUACAGAGGUAGUCCUGAGAGCGUCGCCGCUUAUCUCACGUCAUAUUAUCUUCAGUUAUUGCCCCCAAAGACUUGAUAAUUAAAGGGUCCCAAAACCUCAAGGCAAAGCUGCGUAUCACUGAGGUUUUAUUCGCAGUGAGGUUAUGGCUGAGAUGAUGGAGGUUGUAGUCUCUCCCUUACUGAUGCCGCCAUGGGCUCGAGCCUGUCCCGCAGCAGCUCUGUGCAUGUGAAAACUUUGCCUUAAUCUCUUCGGGGACAAUGACCACCAGUUUGUUGGACUGAGCCCUAAUUGUGUCAUUUGGACUUCACCCUUGAGGCUCUGUGUACAUUUCCGCUGAAAAGAUAAGUUUUUAGCUUUUGUAGUAACCCCUUCACUGCCGUAAAUAACUGGAAAUUCAUCAAGUGAAGAAGGGAGGGCGGUGAACACGGAGCAUCAUUUAUGUUCUGGAUAUUCCCCCAAACAGAGGUUUAAUGUGUGGAUUUUACUGAAGCGUGCGGUCUAAUAUGAGACAUCACAGGGGGAGACGAUAGGAAGAUCCUCCCAGAUAAGGCACAGAGCGCUGAAUGAAUACGGACGGUCAGCCAGAAACUAGAAGGUCAUACAUGCAAUGUUAGGUAUCUAUCCUACUCGGGAAAGCUGGGCGGUCAUGGCGGCCAUCUUGUUAUCACCCAGCUUCCCCAGAAACAGAUAUAAAUUCUCUUUGGUCUUAACCUGAGAUUUACAGGGGGAAUGAGCUGAUCCCGUCAGGAGGGAAUCGUCUCAUGAGACGCUGUAAGAUCUCUGACGAUUCUCACGGAUUAGGCCACAUUCACACCACGUCAGGAAAAACACCAUUAAAAACUGAUUAAUUUCAUUGACUUUUUAAAAAAUCCCAACCCCUGCAGUGCCCUCACUAUACAUUAUGGCCCCCAGUAUUAUAAAUGGUCUGUCAUAGUUCCCCCAGUGUCCUUAGUGUGUGUAUAUAUACACCCCCAUAUAUAAUGACCCCCACCCACAGUAGUGCUGGCGAUUUCAUGCGCAGGGACAGGGGCUCUUCCCUGGAGGCAGCAGGGCCGGACGCUCCCAGGGUGAUUAUGUGGCGCUGGGGGUGCAGGCUGUGUUCUUAGUGGCCAUUAGACGGGUGCAUUCCUGUCAAAAUAGCCAUUAAAACUGGUUCUGCUGAUUUGGAUGGGGUCCAUCUGGCCAUGUGAAUAGCCCCAUAGACUGCAAUGGCUCUGAAAAUGGACCUUAACCGUCAUGUGAAUGAGGCCUGAAGCUGCAGGGGCCGCCAGGACCGGUACAGACAGCUGCAGAUGUGCUCCGUAUACACAGGGAUUACAGCAGAGGGGGAACGCCCGGCUCUACCAUAGUGCAUCAAUUUUGAGAUGCUGCAGGACAAGGGGGUUCCAUACAGAGCGCUCUGGGGAUCACCAGCAAUGAGAGUGUUCAUGUGUCGCUCUUGUCAUACUAUGUAUAAAAAAAAAAAGAAUUUGUGUAUUACAAAACUAAAACAAAAAAAAAAUAUAUAUAGAAAGGGUUAAAAAUCUAUUGUAUCAGCAAAAAGUUUAAAAGAAGCUCUAUUUUUGUAUUAUGGAUCUUUAUCCCUCUGUGUCCGUUUUGUAUCAGCUUUCACGUGUUCUGGAUUCGUGUGCGGUUGGGUUGAGAAUAUCACAUGGACUAAGCCAACGCUACAUCACCGUGUGCAAGGAGUCCUACCCAUAGUCCAACAGAAGGGGGCACAACCCCUGCCCAGGGGUUGGGAGAAUGUUACCGUCACUAAGCAACAGUCGCGCUGAUACAAUCUGAUCAUCCAAUCUGUGUACCGUGAUGACUGAACGCCAUCAGACGCAGAUACAUUUCACCACCGAGGUGUUAAAGGGAAUGUGUCAUCAGAAAAUUACCUAUUGCUUAAAUCACGUUUUUACGUUAAACCCUUAUUUUUAUUUUGAAUUUUUUGUUAAUUAUUUUUAUAAUUUUCAAUGUCUCUAUGUAAAAUAAAAAAAGCAUUUUCACACUGGCCACUAAGCCUAAAAUAUGUUAGACGCAUUGUGCCGGCUAUCAGACGCUCCCUUCCGGCAGUCGCCUGCUCAUUCAUGGUGAAUCCUGUUAUCAAUACAGAGGUGUUACUUGUCAUUGUGCCUGUGAUGAUGAUGAUAAUGGCUGCUGGAAGGUUACCGGUACAGGGAAUCAUGGCCUGUUAUUAGGCCUAGAGGCCUGUGUAGAAAUUGCAGGAUUAUAUACAUUUUUUUAAAUAUACAUAGUGCCAU